AUGAUAACCCAUGACAAGAAGAAUCUUAUGAAGUCCACCACGGACCGGCCAUUGCGGUUUGCGUUGUUGGGGCCUCAUAACUCUUCCAAGUCUUCGAUCGUUUCCAUAGUGAGCAGCCACAAGUCUCUGGGCAACUACUAUCCCACGAUCCAGAAUUCUCCAACCUUGCUACAAUUUCAGCCGUCCAACCAGCGAACAAGAGCGCUUCUGGAUGUGAACAUCACAUACAAGGAGCUUGAGGAGCUUCAUCUGGUGGAUUCGCCCGAUAUUCAGCUCACCGAUGUGGUGAUCUCGGCCGUGAAAAAGACACAGUCCAAGAAUACCUCCUCCGAAAGCGUUUUGGCUCGGACACUCAACUACUACGACCUGGACUAUUCCGGCAUCGAUGGUUCGGCGUCUCCGCUCUCGUCUCGGAUGUCUCCGUUGCAAUUUGGCAGCAUGCAUAGUCCGUUUAAUUCCCCGUACGAAAGAGCCGGGAUGCAUUCGAUCUUGGGCACUCCUGAGACCGACCUGGAAGGAGGUCCCCAGCCAUAUACCACGCCGAUCUUGUUGGAGCUGAUCGACACGCCCGGUGUGCAGCCAGACGACCUGAUUCCGUUUCUGGAGCGGUCGUUGGACAGUCGACUGGCCAGAGACGUGCUGCGCAACCUUGCAGAGGACAACGACGGUGAAUUGGGCCGUGCUCGUGUCAAACCCUUGUUGAUCGGGUCUGGAAUUAGCGAUCUCAACGGAACCAUGGACGGAUAUCUGAUCUGUUAUAGCUGUGUUCCCGAAACGCAGAUGGAUUCUCCUCCGCCGAGCUACUACGAGGAAGACAUCCCGCAGCCAUCGGCGCCGUUGCAACCGUUGGAGAUCGUCAAGGCCAUCAAAACAACAUUGGAAGACGCUUGGAAAGAGUACCUCAGGUACCACCACAAUUGGGAGGUUGGAAAGGAGUACGAUGUGUUCUCUUUGAACAGAUCGCUAAAGACAUUAUGGAGCAAAUCGAAAAUCGCCCAAACCGACCCAGAAGCAACAUAUUUACCGCCAAUUACGAUAGCAGUUACACAUUGCGAUCACGAGCUUGCGUCGCCGGUUCUAAUCGAAGAAGGCCGCAAAUUGGCUGCUCAAUGGGGAUUUGCGUUCGUGCAGGUGGAAUGUCCUUUUGAAAAUUGGAAAAAUGUGGAAGAAUGCAUAGGACUCAUGAUAAGAGAAAGCAUAGAGUCCCAAUUGGCAGCUGGUAGGCCAGGCGCGCUUAAACGAGCCAAGUAA